CAGUAAUCGAAAUAUCGGAUGUGGCAUCUGCUACGCUUACUCCGUUCACAUGAAACAUCGAUGUUGACGACGGAAUCACGCGGUUAGGGGCAACUGAACACGCUAGAAUCUUUGUGACGCGGCAGGCUGUGUUCGGUUCUUCCUCCAGCAUGAGCUUCUCGCGUGGCGGAGGACCUCAACACUGGCGCCCACGUCAGUCAGACUCGGGCUGGCAAGGUCGAACGCCAGGCGCGCCUGCAGCCGGGACUCCGUCCAUAGACUACCACCAUGCUGAUCAAUCGGGUUACAAUGAGCAACAGUUUCAAGGGACUCGACUUGAUUCGGGAAGAGGACGCCAUUCAAGAGGGUUUGCAAGCAGCAGAGGAGGAGCAGGGCGAGGAGGGCUUCCCUCUGCGUAUAAUGGACGACGGAUCUCCGCCGGGCUAUCCCCAUCUGCAGCAGGCGUCUCAUCGGGUCGAGAUGGACAUCUGCAAUGCGACUUUGUCUUCAGCAUCGACGAUCCUGUACGCCCUGGGCAGCGAUGCAGCUGGAGGUCUCCCACCUCACUCGCGCUGACUCUGCACAAAGCGGAUCGGCACUUGAUUUAUCCACCGGGCGGACCCGCAGCAUUGAAGCGAGUCGAUCCCAUGUUGGUAGAAGAAGAGCGAGAACGGAGAAUGCGGCAGAAGAAAGGAUGGGAAGACGAAGAGACGCAGCUGGCUAUGAUACAAGGCCUCAAUGUCAACCUGUCCACCCCAGAAAUGGUCAAGCAGUGGAUAGCCGAGAGGAAAAAGCGAUGGCCGACAGCUCAGGCAAUCGAGCGAAAAAAGGUCGAAGACGACUGGCAAGGAAAGAGCAAGAAUCACGACGUGGGCGACCGCCAUCGAAACAAGCGGCAAAGAGUCGAAGAAGUCGUCGUGACAGGAGAUCCGCGGCCACCAGUCGCAAACGCGGACGCAUCGGAUGAGGAAGAUGGCCCAGAGCGGCUUCCAAUAAGUUUGAGCCCGCCUUCUGAGGAAGGGAAUGUUGGAGAGGAUGCUGCUGCUGUUCCUGAUGAGCUAGGAGAUGAUUCUGAUGGUGCUGUGGAGGAAGUGUCCUCCAAAGCUGUCCUGACGGGAGGCGAAAAUUCUAUCAUGGAACAGUCUGCGCAACGUGCUGGUACCGCGCAACGAACAAUCUGCAAGUUUUGGCUCCAAGGACGCUGCGGCUACGGGGAACAGUGUCGGAAUCUGCACGAGACGGCCGACGGCUCGAUCCCGGCGCAACGUGCACGGCCUGCGCACCUGCAGAACAAGCCACGACCCACGCCUCGUGCACCGCCUGCGAAUCCAUUCGCUCAGCCUGAUCUGCUGCGGCAGAUGCUAGCCAAAGAAAUCGGGCAGCAUGUCGAUGCGACGAUCCAGAGCAUCCGGUUUCUGUCCAAGAAUGACUGGCUCCUCCAUGCUGAGCGGGAGCUCGGCGCUGCUGAGGAGCAGCGGAAGCGUCGGGGCAUGAUUCAGGAGUUGACUGAUGAGGAGCCUCAAAGCUCUGAUGCCACUGCGUUGGAAAGGAUCCAAGACUUGGAGCCUUCGUUGCAAGCAGGAGCAUUGCCCACAGUCGCAUCCGCGAGCAAGCCAGGUGCCAAGUCGCUAUAUCGCCCUCCUUCGCCGCUGCUGCGACCACUGGUGGAGUUGCAAUGGCCACCCGAGCCGGACCCGAUGAUCUUUCUCGACCCAUUGAAGCGCGAUGAUCCGAAACCGCUAAGACCCGCUCAGCUCGAAAAGCUCGCGCUGGACGCGCACGUGCGUGACAUUCUCUGCCCGCCGAGUGAGCUGCACCCAGAAGGCGUGCUGAACAAGUCGCUCGCGCGUGGUCUCGACUCACUGCUCGCACUGCCGACCGAAGCCCAUCGCUUCUCGGCGAUCGAGCUGAUCCUUGGAGUUUCUCCUCUAUCGCCUGCGCACGCGCAUGACGUGGCGACUGUCGGCGGUUCGAGAGACGCACAGCAGCAGCCGGGAGGCGGUCUGAACAAGCGCAAGCUGUAUGGCGAAACGGAGCUGUUCCGCCUCGGCUUGCGGAUCGGGCCUGCAGAGGUGCCGUUGGUGCGCAGGCUGGCGGAGCGCGUGAGCCAGAUCAUGGAAGGCAAAGUGAACUACGAGGCGCAGACAGUCGCUAAGCAGGAGGAUCUAUGGCGCGCAGAGGGCGAACGGAUAGAUAUACUGCGCAAGCUUGGUAUCGAAGUGGAUUGAUUGGGGCGCGUAUGUACUCGCACAAAUGCACCCGAAGGCAGAUUGUUGCCCCCAUUACAACAAACAAGCGAGCCCUCUGCGGACCAAUACGCUGGAAUAGCUGCUUGCUUAUAUGACAAUGUGCAUGU